AUGAGGCGGUUUUUCCGAGCACACCGGGACGAGGACUUCAGUCAGAUCCAGUAUCUGACGGCCAAGUGCACCCGCCUAGCUCAUGACAAAGCGGUGUUGGACAGAGAGUUUCUGGUUUCCCGAGAGAGGGAGAGAAGGCUGCAGAAUGAUCUGGAAGCUGUGACCGCCCGACUCCUCGAGCAAGACCAGCUCAAUAUUGAACUCAGGAUGAACCAGACCCAACUCAUCAGCAGGAUCCAGCAGCAGCAGGACCUUUUGAACCUGCUUCGGCAGCGUGUGGUCCUGCUAGUGGAGGCGAGCUCCCGGGAUGCAGAGGUACUGCGGCAGGUGGGCGCAGAGCUGCUUUGCCUGCAGAGCUCUGAGGUGAAGCUGGAGAGCCUGAUGGAGGAGCUGCAGGCUGAGGCCCAACACAGAACUGAGGUGGCAGAAAAUCUCCAGACAGAGCUGUACGCUGAGGCCCAGCACAGAGCUGCACUCACUGAGAGCCUCCACGCAGAGCUGCGCAGUAAGACAGUGGAGCUGGAAAAGCUAGAAGAAACUAACAGGAUGCUGACAGAAGAGCUGACGGAUCUCCGCAGAACUUAUCAGAAGGAGGUGAGAGAACUGCAGCAGGAAAAUGAGGGAAGCCUGAGGAAACUUCAGGAGACGGCAGAGCAGUUCGAGUGGCUUUGUCAGCAACAGCGUUACUGGAUGUCUUGUGUGAAGAGGUUCAAAGACUGCCUCAUGGAGGAGAGAGAAGCUCUGCUGCGACAGGUCAGCAGGUUGGAAAAGAAAGCUGAGAAACUAAAGCGUUCACACGACGGCAGUCCAACACGGAGACUUGUCUGCCCCCUUCAGGACGCCGAGAGCUGUGAAAGCAGUAUAACAUCAUGGGAGGCAGACACAGUGACCAACCUGGAGUCUCAGGUGGAGAAGUCAAACGUGCUGUGCGAAGAGCUCCUCUACCAGGCAGGGAGCCCUAUCAACGGAUACCAAAAACCUCCAUGAGGACAGAAGCCUGGAUGUCUUUGCUUUCUUUUCUCACCUUCUGCAAGCCAGGAGAUGCAAUGUUUUAUGUGUUUGUGGUUAGCUUACCUUCCAGUCAUUGUUUUGAAAAACCAAACACCCUUGGAAAAACACACCCGUGAAACCACACACGCAUUGUUUUGUU